AGCGUCACAGGUAGAUAAAGUGGGUUGUGCAGUGGCAACUCCAACCCCAGCCUUUUAAUAUGGCCGCUACAGGCAAGAAGUCAAAGAAGGCAAAAUGGAUCAAAGCCGACAUCACAAGCAUUAUAGCAGAACCGACCACAAUCGCGACUACCAACAAUUGGGCGAACGCUGCAGAAGAUGAAACGGAAAAUUUUGGAUAUGCAUCGCAUACACGGGCACCAGUUGUACUGCCUUCAGCUUCUCGUGCAGCACGAGGAGGCUUGGCAGUUGAUGAUGAGUCAAUACCACAUCGCCCCCCAUUUAUUGCACACAUCUCUAAUCUGCCUUAUGAUGUUGAAGAAAGUGCUAUUGCAGAAUUAUUUGCUGACCUUAAGGUUACCAACUUAAGACUUCCAAGAGAGGGUGACAGACUCAAAGGUCAUGGAUAUGUUGAUUUUGAAGACAGAGAAAAUUUAAUUGAAGCUCUCAAUAUGCCAGACUUGACAAUAGGUGGCAGGAGAGUACGAAUUGAGGUGUCCACUCCAGAUGACCGUCGAAUGGGACGAAGUGGACGCUCUGAUAGAGAUAGGGACUAUGACCCUGAGCGUACAAUGGGUGACUGGCGCUCCGGACCCCGCGCUGUACCCGACGCGCCCGGCCGCCCUCGUCCUCCCAAUGACAGAGAAAGAGAUCGGGAUCGGGAUCGCGAAAGAGACUCGAGUGCAGAUAACCGUCCGGGAGCCUGGCGCGACGCCGAGCGAGCCCCCGAGCCCGCGCGGGCCCCCUACGGCGGGAGGGACUCCUUCGGACGUGACCGCUAUGGAGAGGAUAGAGGUAGAGAUCGGGGUUAUGGUGGACGAGAUGGAUUCCGUGCUGCACCAGACCGUGAAGGAGGAUUCAGCAGAGAUAGUAGAGGAUUCGGCGGCAGAGGUUUUGGCGAUCGUGAUCGUGACCGGGACCCACCUCCAAGAGAAGACACAAAACCUCGUGAACGUCCUAAGUUGAAUUUGUUACCGCGCACUGUGCCUCGCGAGACCGAAGCCCCCACCAAGCCCGCCGACGGAGCGCCCCUGGAGGAAAAACAAGAGAAACAGGCUCCGAAGCCGGUGCCUGCUGAAAAAGUGUUUGGCGGCGCUAAACCUGUUGACACUGCUGCUAAGGAAAGAGAAAUUGAAGAGCGUCUACGAAAACAGGAAGAAGAAGCCAGACGCGUUGCUGAAGAAAAAGAACGUUGGGGGGGACGUAGAAAUGAUCACUCUGGAGAUCGUCGUGGAGGUGCUAGAAGAGACGAUCGCGGCAGAGAUUCGCGAAGCUUCAACAGGGAGCGACGAGAUUAUUCUAAGGACGACAAGGAUCGGCGCGACGACCGAGAAAAAAGGGACUACAGGGACGAUAGAGACAGGCGCGACUACAACAGGGACAGUAGAGAUCGGCGCGAUCCCAAAGACGAGAGAGAACGCAGAGACUACACCCCCGACCGACGGGACCCCUCGCCCGCCUCGCCAGCGCGCAGGAGAGAUUCCGUAGAGCGCGAUCAAGAAAGAAACGGACGACCCAGUCGUUCACGUGAUCGACGCGACGACACUGACGAGAAACCACUGCCCAAAUUAAAAGAACAAGAAAAACCCAAUUUCGUUGCAUCCAACAAGUUUAGCUUCCUUGAAGACGCCGACGACGCUGCAUCUGAAUAACACUCGUAUAGACGUGUGAAAUAUUUUGUGUCCGUUCUGCAAGUGACCAGAGUGUAAAGUGUAAAUUUAUCGAGUGACUGACGCACGACGGAACUGUACGUGGCACCGAGACGAUCGUUUACAUUGUGCUAUGUGAUAUAGAACUCGACUAAUCAUAGUGCGGUGUGGUUUAUCAUAUGUGUAUAUUAAUUAGGGUUUGUUACAUGCUCACGCAGCUUCGAGGUCUGCCCCAGUCUUUACUGUAGUGACCUGAUAUUCGAUAAAAUUAUAUCAUCGACAAAAGGUUGUUUUUAAAUCUGUGCAGUUGCAACAUUAAAGACUGGGGCUCUCAUAUUUGCAACCAUUUUAUACUAAUUGGUGUAAAUUCACGAUGAGUUUUUUUACAAAUAUAGAUGAAGCUGAUUAAUUAAAAAUCAUUGGAAUCCGAAAGUUCCAUUUCCUCAAUUUUACAAUAAAACAGGUGCUGCCUCUUUGUCGUGUUUUGUUUUCUUGCAAAUUUAUCAUGUAUUUGAUUUCUUUUCGAGUAGGAGUAAUAUUAUUAUGAAUUGAGUGUGAAACUCAACAAUACACCACUAUUAUUAUGAUUAUUAUUAUUAUUUUAUAGGAAUCUUUCUCAUUUCUUUGUUUCCGUUGUGCUAAAGGGAUCUAUUUAUAAACCGCGAUAUACGGGGUAUACCCGCCACAGAAUCGUGAUGAACAAACGUCUUCUUGCGAUACAACACAUUUUGUUAAUUUAGCACUCGUAUUAAUGUUGUCAUAUUAUUAUUUACUAUGCUUGAAGCAUCAUUUAAAUAGUAAUUGUAAUUAAAACUGAUGUGAAAAUUUUAA